AAUUCGAUCACCUUGACAACGCUAGAGGGAAAAUCAACCGGGGGGGAUACGAAGAUUAUAUCAAGGGGAUUUGACAAGUAACUCAGUCCACAAGAAUGAUUCAGGAAGACCGUUUAACCUAAAGAGACCGCAUAAUGGAUAUUCACCGAGUGUGAGCGCAGCGGCGGGUUUUGGGAGCCCAGCCUUUGAGUGCCGCUAUCUGCUGAAGUUGGAUUUCUAAUCACUGCAAUGACCGAGUCCUCCAAACCGCCUUCAGGGAGGAGAAUGAAGACACGCGCCCCACCUCCGCCGCAGGCCCCUCAACCUGCCCCACGCCGCAUCUUCAGAAACACUGUGCCUGAUGGAGGAGGGACAUCAGGCAUGGACGCCAAGGAGAACAUGCUGACACCCUCUAUGGAUUUACUGCUAACCCUACCACAGGGAUACCAGACGUCUGUAACAGAGGAUGGCAGUAAGGCGCUGAUGGACCUGCUGGUCGAGCUGUGUAGCCGCUACCACCUGAAUCCAGCACUGCACACCCUGGAGCUGCUGUCGCCCGAGGGCCACACUCUGGGGUUCAAGCCCAACGCGCUGCUGGGCUCCCUCAACGUGGCCUGUGUCCUUAUCAAGGAGAAAGUCUGGGAGGAGAAAGUGGUGCGCAGACCGGCGCCCAAAGUGCCAGAGAAAACAGUGCGCUUGAUGGUGAACUACCACGGCAGCCAGAAAGCAGUGUUUCGGGUCAACCCGUUUGUACCACUCCAGGCUCUCAUACCGAUAAUCUGUGACAAGUGUGAGUUUGACCCUGCACAUGUCCUGCUCCUGAAGGACAGCAUCAGUCGCCACGAGUUGCCGCUGAACCAAUCUUUGACAGAUCUGGGGAUCAAGGAGCUCUACGUACAUGAUCAGAGCCUAGUUCUCCAGCCUAAAAUGUCUUCUGUCCCUGCUCUUUACCACUCAGACUCCAUUCGCUCCAGCACUACCAGUCUGGGUAAAGCAGAGAAGAAAGGCCUUCUGGGUAUCUUCCAGUUCAACAAGAGGAAAACCAAAACAGAGACAACAUCUGUGGACAUGGACUGUGAUGAUAAAAUAAUCCAAAAUGAAGAAACACAAUCUAAUGGUCUGUCCACAGCGUCAAGGGUCCCCAGUGUAGAAGAUCGGCCCAACACCUUGGGCCAGUCUCAGUCAGUCAUGAACAUUACAAAGAUGUCUCCCAAGGCUGACACCAAGAAGAGGAGGGCCCCAGCACUUCCCGGGUCCCCAACACCCACCAUGGGACACAGUAGCUCGGAGGGCUAUCAGGUGGGCCUUGGCUCCGAAAGCCAGCAGAGAAAAAGAAAGGCUCCAGCCCCUCCUCCGACCCCAGCUUCCAUCACCCCAGGCCCCGAUGACACUUCAGCGUCUGGCACUCCCAUCUCCGAUAGCCACGCUAUUGAAACACCUGCCCCAGCCUUACGUACCAAGGUGGCGCAGUCAACCGUUGUCUCUGCGACCACUGUGGUAACGCAAACAGUAAAACCAGCCCCCAUGAAAACAGCAGUAAAACCUCCACCUGUGUGCGCUGCCAACCCAACCCCCAGCUCCCCGACCCCAAGCAGCAGCACCACCGACAGCCUGGCUGUCCAGGAUUCCAGCUCUGAACUCAGCCACAGCCUUGACGACUCAGAUGUUGACCUAGACCAGACCGGUUCCCAAUGCAGCAGCCUCACCAGCAGCACAGUGAACGGGUCUGUGCAGGUCCAACCCCCUACAAAAAGCUCCAGCAGCAGGGUGGAGGCAUCGGAAAAGGCCAGCAGCCUGGCUGCCAAAUUAAAUCAAGAGGCAACCUCUGCCAGGAGCUCCAGGUCGGAGACUGAGUCGGCCCUGAACCUGAAACUGGAUGAAGUGGAGAACAACAGACACAGCGCAAUGGGGACCGCUGAUCAUCCAGCGCCACCAAAACCUCGUCGUUCCCCGGCCUGGGAGCCCCCACAGCUUGUCUUACCCCCCACCCCAUCCUCCCCUCCCAUUGAGCCCACAGAAAGCAACUCCCCAAAGAGUCCCGUGGAGGCGGAGGAUACAGCUCCCCUGUCUUGGCUCCACUCCAUGAAGAGCUCCACAGCCAGUGGCCAGAAACCAGAAACUGAAACACCCGAAGAGGAGACCAUGUCCUUGGGAAGCAGCAGCGGUGGCAGCAGCCUCCCCGACCAGGGUUACGCCGCCUCUGAGGGCAUGACAGAGGGCGAGGACUCAGGCAUGGUCAGCUCUCCAUCUGACACCCAACCCACGUCCCCAGAUGGGAGUUUGUCCCUGGAUGGGAGUAGCGGAGGCGGAGGAGAGAGACUGCUGGGACCAGUGCGGGACAAUUCCAGUGACAGCGAUGAGGGCUGUGCCACCUGGGGAUCAAGGCACAGGCACAAUUACAUCAGCCCACUGGCAAAGUCAGACAGGUUAAAAGACAGCUAUGAAGAGGACCCAGAGCUCACAGCCCAGCUCCAUCAGACUUUGGCAGAUUUUGAAGCAGACCUUGCAGACCACAUAGAUAUAGAAGAGGAGACUCCCUACACCGUGUCCACAAAGAGUAAUGAGGUGCCGGUGUCUGUACUGGACAUGGAUGUGCCAGUCACAGCCAUAGAUGAAGUACUGGAGGACUAUGACCGUAACAUCGUAGAAAAAGAGGCAAAGCCACUUACCAGGACUGAGUCAGCUGGUAGCAAAGGUCCAGGCUUCAGUCAAAAGUCCAGCGUAGAGCUACAGAACAGAAACAACAAUGCUUGUACAGCUUCUGACACUAAUAAAAACAGCAGUGCAAAUACUAAGCAGCCUGAGCAGUAUCGGAAGUCACCGAAGAACAAAUCCAAAGGUGAUAAAAAGGAAGAAAAGAUGCUCGAGACGAAAAUGAAAGGGAUGGGUAUCACAGAGGCAAACAGUGUGAAAAAGGAUAAACAAAGAACAACGUCAGCAGUGAAAUCUAACGGUGACAUGCAGAAACACAGCAAGAUUUCUGAGAUCACACCCGACCCUGUGAAAAGUAACGCUCAGUCUUUGCAAGAGAAGAAACCUGUUCUUCCACCAACCAUUCAGAAAACAGGGUCUACAGAAAGAGAUGAAGAGAUGCACAGCGUUGACCAAAAUAACUCCAGCUCCAGUGCUUCACAUGGCAAAAUCACUCACAACGUCACAUCACGCUUCGGACUGAAAACGUUCACUGUGGUCCCUCCCAAACCCUCUGUCUUACAUGCUUCUACGGGAGCGCCAGCCGUCACAACUCUCGGUGCCAUUAAGAUUGAUGAUCAAGGAAACAUGGUGAAAGUGGGAAUCUCCCAGAAAAAAGUUAGUGGUUCAUCAAAGUCGGAAACUAAUUAUUGUGAUGGGUCUUCACUUCUUGGAAAAGCCAAAGCUUUUUGGAGCUCAAAUGAGAGACAAGAGAGUGCUGUGCCCCACAACAAAGGUCUCAUUGAUAAGGCUAAGGAGUGCACAGAUGGCCUGAAAAGUCCCACUCACACUCCCACUGCAGUGUCAGGAACUACAAUGAAGACUGAGGACCUGCAAAUGAUGCGGGCUUUACUUCAUAAACCUGCAGAGAGAGCCCAGCCAAAAGAGAAGGUGAAAGAAGAAGCUAAAGAAUGGGUGAACAACAUCAAAGUUGCUAAAGAGGAGCAGGUAGAGGUGGAGAGUAAGGUUUCAGUGUCCAAACACGUUCAGCAGCCAAGUUAUAAAACCACCGUUCCCCCUUCUAUUCUUCCAGACCCGGGGAAAGACCUGUCCUUCCUCAAACCAUCCAGACGAACCUCAAGCCAAUACGUGGCGUCUGCCAUCGCUAAAUACACCCCAAAGACUUCUGCUCAACCGAACUCCUUCCCCAACGCACCUGACUCCUCUGCUUCUUUGAAAACGCAGACUAACGGUUUCCAGAGAUCAGGUUGGUCCGUACAAGUGAAUCCACACCAAUCUUCCCAGUCAUCUUUGUCAGAUAAUAAGGAGAAUGAAUCUGCUUUUAAAUCCAACCCUCCCGGUCCUAAGAGAUCUACGAGCCACCCAGAGAGUGUGUCAGAUAGCCAGAGGGAUUUCGGAGAAGUGAGACCGGACAGGGGAGGAUUUGGAAGUUACGUUGGAUCCAUCAAAGGAAACUCUAAUACACUGGAAACAACCAAGAAUAAGCACAUUCAGUCUAGCGGCCCCACCCAAAUAAAUACGACCGCCAACAAUGACAGAGAUAAUAUUAAACAUAUUCGGCCCAGAAGCCCCAGCCCUGCACUAAGCAGCCCUCUGCAUUCAUCUGCCAAACCACCCACAACCCUCAAGACAGUAUACCAAGGCCAGACAAAUAACACGAGGGACGUGCCCAAGGCAGCCACUGGUCCGACACCUGAUGCGAAACCACAACCUUCUGUCACAGUGUCAGACAGCGGCGUGACCCCUGGGCCUCCACCGGUGACAGUGUUUGGGCCGGUUAAAAAGUUCAGACCAGUGAUCUGCAGAUCUGUUGAGAAAGAGACGUCUCUGCACAGCAGCCUGAUGGACGCAAUCCAGACAGGUGGAGGCAGGGACAGGCUCAAGAAGAUAUCCACCUCUGGUCACAGCAGCAGCUUGAAGAAAGCAUCUUAUGUUGAAGAGGAGAAUGAGAGAUCUGCUCUUCUGGCUGCUAUUAGAGCUCAGAGGAACUCCAAGGGGUUGAGGAAGACCAAAUCUGAGGCUGCUGAUGAGCUUGAGAAGUUCAGGAAGGCUUCUGAGGAGGAGAGAAGUGCAGGCCUUCCCUCCUCUCCCUCCUCUCCCUCUCCUCCCUCUUUGACUUGCACUUCUCCUCCAGUCUUCACCCCACCACCGACACCACCAGCGCCCAUGAUUGCACCUCCGCCUCCUCCCCCUGUCUUGCCCCAGGGUAAGCCUAGCACUGUGCCACAUCCAAGUGCUAACGCCCCGAUGAACCCUGCCUUGGCCAGGGAGGCUAUGCUGGAGGCUAUUCGCUCUGGAUCUGCUGCCGAGAGGCUAAGAAAGGUCGCUGUGCCCACAAAGACAGUCAAAGUUAACGGCAGACUGGGAACGAUCCGAGCAGCCUCCUCAACGCUCCCUCAGCAGUGAGAGGGGAAGCCCGCGUCACCGCAGCGAGGAAUCAUUUAUCAAGUUUCAUUUCAGUCUUUGUGUUUUUUUGCCAUUGUGCUUUUGUAACAGACAUUUGGAAAACUGGAUCGAGUCACAUUUUGAGUGAUUGAUGUUUGAAAGUUUUGGGGAACUUUGAUGCUUGACACAAAUUACAGAAAGGAAAAUAAGGAGAAAUCAUGAUCUCUACAUGCUAUCUAGAUAAACUAUUCAUAAGGGGCUUCUCAGCUCUGACUACCAAUCUGGGGCCUUAUGUUUAAACUAAUGCUCAAAGAAUUUUGUAUAGACGGAGAAUGAUUUAACAGUUGUUCUUGGAAAGGGGAUAUUGCUCUUUUAGUAGCCAAACACCAGCAACAUCUUUCUGAUUAAGGUGUCAUAGGUGAAAGGUUUGUCGUUAAUUCUACUCACGAUAUCAGAUCUCUCAGUUAGCUUCUCUGUCCAUCUUUAUGACACAUUGCUGUUCCGAAACAUAUCUCGCCAUCUGUACUUGAAUUCAGUAGUUUUAACUGGAAAGUUGUACAAAAUGUGUGCCAAUGAAAGCAAAUUUAAAUGGCUUGUGCUACUGCUAGAUUUUUGUUUUGUUUUGAUCUUUUUUUUUUAACCACAGCUAAGUUAUGGAUGCCUUAUAAUGUUGCUCAGUCAGUGUUAUGUAUGUGACGUUUGCUGUAAAAUUCUGAAAUGGGUGCAAUAAGCUGCAUCUGAUGAUGUUUCCAGAUUUGAACUUAAUAUAUGUUGAACCCAUUAAGAUGAUUGAAACUUAAGUACACCUCAGAAAACAAUGGAUUGAUCCGUGGACAACGUUUGAUGCUAUAAUAUUAUUUGCAGAUUGUGUUUUAUUUUAUCCAGAUCUGGUCCAGAAUGCCAACUUCUACAGUUCUUGGCUCUGAUGAGGAGUGAGGUGGUGGUGACUGACUAGUGCCUGUUAGCUCAAUGUGCUCCUGUUUUAAUUUCUAACCGUCAUUUGUGCUGCUGCUUAAAAUCUAAAGACAUUGUCAUACUUGGUCAGUGUCCUGCAGAAGCUUAUGCUUGUACAGUAGCAAUGACUGACGAUGCCUUUGAUGGUUCAUAUAUUAGUUAAGGUGAACUUUUCCAUUCCUUGACAUUUCACUUAUUGGAGUACUGUUAUUGAAAUAUAUGAAUGGUGGAUGUCACCAUCAGCAAAGAGAUUAGUUCAUUAAUCAACAAGUCACUACCAGUGGCUAUGUAAUACAAACCAGCAGCUGAAGGAAAGCAGUAGUUUAGGCUAUCAGUGGCCUUGAUUUAGGUUAUUGUCAUUGAAUUGUGUGUGUCACCUCUGUGGGUGAAGUACACAGUGUGGAGUGGCUCUGGUUGAUAGAGAGCCACUGCCAUUAAAUGGAUAAAGUAGGAUGUCCAUGCUGAAUCAUCCUUAGAAUGAAGACAAACAUAGAGGAUCCAUAUUCAGGUGUAAAUGCCUGCUUGCUAAUGUGGAUGAUGAGAUAAAUCUGAGUUAAGUUUUCUACAGAUUUAUUAUAAUUUAUGCUCAAUUUCAGCACUUGUUCAAUAUUUUUACUGUUGUAUGUUUUAUCCUGAGAGUGAAAACCUUGAGAGCUUUUCUGUUUAGUUUUUCUCACUAAGAGGUUGUUUCCUUUCUGCUGGAUCAUUUCACCUGCACACAAUAGCCUACAGCACAUUGUAGCAUUGUAUAUUUUGUAAACUAAAGAUAGAUCUUCACCGUGAAAGAUUUGAUUGAACUCUUUCAUAGAAAGCAGUUUCACUGAUCGUGUGAACAUUUUGUAAGCUUUUGCUUUUAAAGUGAACAUUGUUUUUUGGGAAGGUCGCACACUUAUUUUUGUCUACCUGAUUUUUGAUUCAAUAAAUA